AUGCAGACUACUCUCUCCUCCCCACAAGGCUCACGCAGCUCAUCUUCAAGUGCCGCCUAUCCAUUCACAUUCCGUUGUGCACCGCCUGGAAAGGAGUCAGAAGACCAAGGCGCGUCGAACACGCUAUGCUACAACUGCGCGCAACUAGAUCUAGAGCAGAGCUUCGCAAAUGCAUUUGAACUCUACGAAGGCGCUCGAAGAGGCAUGAUCGAAAGACGGCUUGCAUCAUGCCGGAAGGGCAACGGGCCGGUCUACCUCAAGGACUUUUACUUUGUUACGUCUCUUGGAUCCCGCCUCUCUCAACCGAGGAACUGCAAAUUGUGUAACUUCCUGGCACGAAUGACUAUCCAGCCAUCGAAAGGAACAUAUAAAUUGCUCGCAUUUUGCAGCAGCGAGAGCUACUUAUUCGAACCUCGCAAGAAGGAUGUUCGUGCCCGUACCGUACGCAGACCAUGGGAGGCAACUCGUUACAACACAGUGGAGGAACACGACAUGGCCAAUUCGGUCGAGCACAACGUCUUCAUGGCUAUCGUCCCCGAAAUUUCUGGAAUCCCCAAGACCGGAGUGCCGGUGCGAUGGUUCGAAACUGACCUCCCGAGGAAUGGGUCGAUCUACCGCUUAACUGCUCCAGAAUCAGACAUUCAUCGACUCGUUCUACCCCGAGAGUCUGGAUCGCGCGCAGACUUUGGAUUGAUGCGUGCCUGGCUUACUCGCUGUCGCUGUCACCACAUCAACUGUGCACGGCGUAAACCUGCUGGUGCUACGCUUCCAGGAUUUCGUGUCAUCGAUUGCCGCAAAGAGCCUCCUGAGAUCGUGAAACGGCCUUGGUCAGAGAGGUACGUUGCACUUAGCUAUGUCUGGGGUCCACCAUCUGGUGACUGGCCGCAGACGAUUCUCGACGCUGUCGAGGUAACGAAGCGCUUGGGCGAGCGGUACCUGUGGGUGGAUCGCACGUGCAUCGAUCAGUCGAAUCUGGAAGAGAAAAUGUUCCUGAUAUCCAAGAUGGAUGCGAUUUAUGAGGGCGCCGAGUUUACAAUCGUUUGUGCGGCGGGUGACGCAAGGACGGGGCUACCGGGUGUAAACACGACGCCACGGAGACCACAGCCUUGGGUUGAAUUGGAACAACGGAGCGAGAAAGCCAAAGGCAAGCGCGCUGCUCGGUUUGCUCCAGGUUCCAUUGGAGAGAUCAUAGGUAUCACCGAGGAGGAAUACGAAUUAGAGCGAGUGGGUGAGACGGAGUGGUUGGACGACCUUCGAUUUGGGAUGAGAGGAAAGAUGGCGUUCGACUUUGGUGAACUGCUCGCAGACAUUAAACUGAAGGAGAAGUAUGAUAUACCCAGCAAUCAUCUCGCAUGGUUCAAGGAGAUGGCUGAGCACGAUGGGCACGACCGUGUCGAGGAUUACCUUGAUAUUCAGAAGGAGUUGGCCCGCCGCAUAGGGAUUCCUCUAAAAGGGAUAGUCCCCUUCUUUAAGCGCGAGCUCGCAGAAAAGGAGGGUUGGGAUCUGGAUCCGUCAGAGUUGGAUACCAUGCCUAUUUCUGAGCGACCCAUGAAAGAAUCAUCUAGGCCGAAGAGGCCGCUACCUUCUAGCAAAACGGAAGGCAAGUUUACUCUAGUAUCGUCCAUGCAGGAGCCGAGAACGACGGUAAGAAACUCAGAAUGGGCAACUCGCGGCUGGACCUAUCAAGAAGGAGUGCUUUCAAACCGCCGCCUAGUCUUCACUGAAGAGCAGGUCUACUGGGAGUGUCGCGGUAUGGCUGUCUGCGAGACAGUCGACAUAGCUCUCAAUGUUGUCCACGAGCCAUCUGGAGGCCGUAUGGCUAAUUACAUGUUGUCUGGAAUCUUCGACAACGACUUACAUCAGCCAUCAGAAUUGCCGUAUGGAUUUGAUCCGCCGAAGAAAGAAGAUAUUGGAGAUCAAGUAGUAGCCCUGGAUGGACAUAUUCAGGCAUUCACCUCGCGGAAGCUUACUAACGGUGAUGACUCCCUGGCAGCCUUCAUGGGUGUUGCUGCAAGCUACACGACGGAUGCAGGAUUGUACCUCUUACUUGGACUCCCAGUCUGGGCCGGCGCUUUUGCUAAUGACAAGCCUGGACUGCAACACACCUUUGCUCUGUCUAUCUCGAGCUGGACCCACGUUGCCGAUCAAAUCGAACCAGGAGCAGAAAUGUACGUCGGCGACUGUCCUCGGAGAAGUCAGUUCCCGUCUUGGACUUGGGCAGGAUGGCAAGGCUCCGUUGCAUUCUGUAAUCAGAAGCAGAGCAAAACCCACCGAAUGGACGAGACUAAUAAACAUGUCGUCGUAGCCACAUUGCUCCCUGGUCCUAAAUCCAUUGGCAAAGACGGUCAUCACGAUACUGCAGCUGUAGACCCAUACCACAGUGACUAUUUCAAGGCUCUCACGAGCAAAGAAUGGGUCGACGGUAUGCAACAGAUCUGGUCGGCGGAGAUGAUGCUGCACGAUACCGAAGGCACAUACGCAUCAUUGUUGACGGGCUGGGCUCCAAUACGAACGAUAGGCGACCCUAGUAUGACUUGGCUUCUCACCAUCCACAAGCCGCUCGUUCUGCGACAUCUGUAUCUCAUGCACUCGGCGGCCCAAGGCGAAUGGCGGCGUUUGAUGGGCAAAAUCGUCAGUGUCCAUCUCUCGAUUCCAAUAACGGAAGCUCAGCUUGUGGCAGACCAUAAAACCGGGCAUCUUGUGUUUGUGCUUGUAUUUGCGAGCAUGAUUCCGUUCGUUUAUAAUGGUAUUGCGCGGUACUUGAUCCUGCGACGCGCGGACGAGGCCGAUCGUUGGGAAAGAAUUGGCCGCCUGAAUAUGUGGCUGACAGAGAAAGAGAUGGACACCUUUAGGAAACCCGAGGAUUUGAUUGCUGCACUGCCGGUAAGGCCUUUUGGUAAGGACAUUACCAUUAGUUGA